AUGCUUUUUACAAUUGCAAGAAAAAACAUGUCUCAGAAACUGAGUUUGCUGCUGCUUAUAUUUGGACUCAUUUGGGGAUUGAUGUUACUGCAUUAUACUUUUCAGCAACCAAGACAUCAAAGCAGUGUCAAGUUACGUGAACAAAUACUAGAUUUAAGCAAGAGAUAUGUUAAAGCCCUAGCAGAGGAAAACAAGAACACAGUGGAUGUGGAGAACGGUGCUUCCAUGGCAGGCUAUGCGGAUCUGAAAAGAACGAUUGCUGUCCUUUUGGAUGAUAUUUUACAGCGCUUGGUGAAGCUGGAGAGCAAAGUCAACUACAUUGUUGUGAAUGGUUCAGCCACCAACACUACCAAUGGCACUAGUGGAAAUUUGGUGCCAGUAACCACAAACAAACGGAUAAAUGUAUCAGGCAGCAUUAGAUAG